AUGAGCGAUCUCGACAAGGCCAUCGCGCAGCUGCGCGCCUGUCGACCCAUCCCAGAGCCCCAAGUGCGAGAGCUGUGCCACCGCGCACGGGAGCUUCUCAUCGAGGAGGGCAACGUGGUGACAGUGUCUGCGCCAGUCACGAUUUGUGGCGACAUUCACGGCCAGUUCCACGACUUGAUGGAGCUAUUCCGAGUUGGCGGAGACGUCCCCGACACCAACUAUUUAUUCAUGGGCGACUUUGUCGACCGGGGCUUCUAUUCCCUCGAAUCAUUUCUUCUUCUUCUAUGCUUGAAAGUACGAUACCCCGACCGCAUGACGCUCAUCCGCGGCAACCACGAGUCCCGUCAAAUCACCACCGUCUACGGCUUCUACGACGAAUGCCUGCGGAAGUACGGCAGCGCAAAUGUAUGGCGAUAUUGCUGCGAUGUGUUUGACUACCUAGCCCUCGGAGCCAUCGUCCUCGGCGCAUCCAACACGCUGUCCCCGGCGUCCGGACCAGCAGACGAAGAAAUCGAGAUCGAGGUGUGCGACCAGAACGGUUCCACCAUGAGCCGGUUCCCUCGCCAGCGGCAAGAGCCUUCUCGGCCCGGCAGUUCCCGAGAACAAGGCGCAAACGGCGGCGGGGGCAGUUCCGCCGCCGGGCACACUGGACCUCCCGGCUCGGGCGCCUCGGGCAGCAGUAGCGGCAGCGCGGGCAACCCAGCCGGAGCCGUGCUUUGCGUCCACGGCGGCCUCAGCCCGCUGGUCGAGUCGGUGGAUAAGAUCCGGCUGCUCGACCGGAAGCAAGAGGUCCCCCACGAGGGCCCCAUGUGCGACCUGCUCUGGUCCGACCCAGACGACAUCGACGGCUGGGCACUGUCACCGCGCGGCGCAGGAUUCCUCUUUGGCGCCGACAUUGUCAAAGUCUUCAGCCACCGAAACGACCUGAGCCUCAUAGCUCGCGCGCAUCAACUCGUCAUGGAGGGCUUCAAGGAGAUGUUCGACGCCUCCAUUGUGACGGUCUGGUCGGCGCCUAACUACUGCUACCGCUGUGGCAACGUUGCCGCCGUCCUGGAGCUCUCCGAGGACGAGUCCGGCACGGGCGUCUUCUCCCGCAGCAACGGCGACGUGAACAGGAGUGAUGGCGGGCGAGGGGUCAUGAUGGAGUCGGGCGGGAUGGCGAAGCGCGGUCCCGCAAGGCGCUACCGGGUGUUCCAGGCGGCGCCGCAGGAUUCACGGGGAAUGCCCGCCAAGAAACCAGUUGCAGAUUACUUCUUGUAG